AGCUAGUCUGGGUGUUCGCAGUCAGCUAGCUAACCUGUUUCGUAACAUUGGACAAAGUGAGGGCUGACCCUGCAGUAGGCUACCACUUCGGAAUGUGACAAUAUUCUAUUGUCUAUGCGGCUUGCUUGUUAGCCACAACAACAUAUUGUCAAAUUGCACGUAACGUAAAUCGACUAAACGAACUAGUAUGGAUUUCUUAACCUCACACCUGAAGCGUGGUUUGUGACGAUGGUAUCGUUCGUGUUCGUGCUUCUAACACGGACGUCUGGUAGAAUCGCAUACUCAUCUUCACAUCAUCUAGUACUGAGUUGUUUUAUCGUAUCGAUGACUCGAGGUGCAAUUGACUAAUGGAACUAAAGACUCGUGUCCUUUAAUUACGAGUUCCGUGGACAUUUUGGUGGGGAAAACUAUACGCUGUGGUUAACGUUAGGCCCGCUGUCCAACAGAGAUGGUCUACAGGACUGCACAUCUCUAUGAUGAUUGCAUACCCAGUGUCGUUUCCACGACAGCGAGUUUUCCCUUUGCCUCACGAUGACUCCCAGGACGACUGAGAACCCCUCCCAGUCCUAGGUCCCUCGCUUCCUGAUUGGACGGCCGCCCGAUAUUAUUCCCAGGCUGCAAUGACAUAGAGGAGGGCCUCUUUCAAAAUGGAGAGAAAGAAGCCAUGCCCCCGCCUACUGGACUACCUGGUGGUAGUCGGAGCCAGGCAGCCCAGCAGUGACAGUGUGGCCCAGACCCCCCAGCUGCUCCGCCGCUAUCCCCUGGAGGACCACCACGACUUCCCGCUGCCACCGGACGUGGUGUUCUUCUGCCAGCCCGAGGGGUGCCUGAGCGUCCGGCAGAAGCGCAUGAGCCUCCGCGACGACACAUCCUUCGUCUUCACGCUCACCGACAAGGACUCGGGCGUGACGCGCUAUGGCAUCUGUGUCAACUUCUACCGCUCCUUCCAGAGGCGCCUGGGCAAGGCCGAGCGCGGGGAGGGCCACCGCAGCCGCGACAAGGAGAGGCCCCCAAAGGCCGCCCCGGCCCCCCAGGGCCCGGAGCACGGCGCCGGGGGCGACGCAGCGGGAGGGGCGGGGCCCGAGCCUGAGGAGGCCGGCAGCGAGAGCUCCGGGAGCGGCUCGUCCCUGGCGCCCCCCGGCGCCGACCCCGCCCCGGAUGGAGGCAGGUCGCCCCGGUCAAAGCGGAGCGCCAAUCUGGCCCCCAGGAACCGCAACAGCACCCUGACCUCCCUCUGCGUCCUCAGCCACUACCCCUUCUUCUCCACCUUCCGGGAGUGCCUGUACAUCCUGAAGAGGCUGGUGGACUGCUGCAGCGAGAGGCUCACCCAGAAGGCCGGCAUCCCCAAGGGCGUUCAGAGGGACACAAUGUGGCGGGUGUUCACCGGGUCACUGCUGGUAGAGGAGAAGAGCAGCGCGCUCCUGCAGGACCUGCGGGAGAUCGAGUCGUGGGUGUACCGGCUGCUCCGCUCCCCGGUCCCGGCGGCCGGGCUCAAGCGGGUGGACGUGGAGGUGCUCCCGCGGGAGCUGCAGCCCGCCCUCACCUUCGCCCUGCCGGACUCCUCUCGCUUCUCCAUGGUGGACUUCCCCCUGCACCUGCCGCUGGAGCUCCUGGGCGUGGACGCCUGCCUGCAGGUGCUCAGCUGCAUCCUGCUGGAGCACAAGGUGGUGCUGCAGUCGCGGGACUACAACGCCCUGUCGAUGAGCGUGAUGGCCUUCGUGGCCAUGAUCUACCCCUUGGAGUACAUGUUCCCCGUCAUCCCCCUGCUACCCACCUGCAUGGCCUCCGCAGAGCAGCUUCUUUUGGCUCCCACUCCGUAUAUCAUCGGCGUGCCAGCCAGCUUCUUCCUGUAUAAAUCCGAUUUCAAGAUGCCUGACGACGUGUGGCUGGUGGAUCUCGACUGUAACAAGGUCAUUAAGCCCAGCAAUGCGGAACUCCUGCCCCCUCUCUCGGAGCCUGAAGCCACAGAAUUGAAGAAACAUCUGAAGCAGCUUAUGCAGUGUCUGGUUAGGUUGACUGCGAUCACACAAAGGCAGAUCUUCGCCUCUGACCAAAAGGCCUUAGCGAGCAUGAGUCUCAACACCCAGCCCAUCCUCAACCUGGAGAAGUUCCACGAGGGCCAGGAGAUUCCCCUUCUGAGCGGCCGGGACAAUGCCUGCACCCCCUCCACGGAGUUCAACCCCCUCAUCUACGGGAAUGACGUGGACUCUGUGGACGUAGCCACGAGGGUUGCCAUGGUGAGGUUUUUUAAUUCCCCAAACGUGCUGCAGGGGUUCCAGAUGCACACGCGCACCCUGCGGCUCUUCCCCCGGCCUGUUGUAGCCUUCCAGGCCACCUCCUUCCUGGCCUCCCGGCCAAAGCAGUCCGGCUUCGCUGAGAAGCUCUCGCACACACAGGCGGUGGAGUACUUUGGGGAGUGGUCCCUGAACCCCACCAACUUGGCCUUCCAGAGGAUCCAUAACAAUGUGUAUGAUCCCUCCCUGAUUGGCGACAAGCCCAAGUGGUACGCCCACCAGCUUCAGCCCAUAUACUACCGCGUGUAUGACGCCAAUUCCCAGCUUGCGGAAGCCAUGAGUGUGCCACAGGAGAUGGAGAGGGAGGUGGACUCCGACCCCACUGAUGACAGUGGUAGUGACAGCGUGGACUAUGAUGACUCGAGCUCCUCUUACUCCUCACUCGGGGACUUUGUCAGCGAAAUGAUGAAGUGUGACAUCCAAGGCGACACACCAAACUUAGACCCCCCUACCCACGCUGCCCUGGGGGACGCCAGCGAGGUAGAGUUUCAGGACUUCCAGGAGUACCGGAUGGAGGCCUCCGACCAGCCCCUGGAAACAGAGGGCUCCCUGGAUGCACAGCAGCCCAAGUCCAGCUCCUCCACCACAGCCAGCUCCAGCCCCAGCACCAUCAUCCAGGGGGCCAAUCACGAGCAGGGUGAGCCAGGGGACAUGGAGGUGUCUGCUGCCGCCGUUGUGCCCAAUCACGUGCCGGGCUUGGGGCCGCAGCCCUUCCCCAAGGUGGGGCCUGAGCAGCGGGAUGGUGAGAUGCCGCCCCCUGGGGACCCUGCAACAAAGCGCAGAGAGUACGACAACCCCUACUUUGAGCCGCAGUACGGCUUCCCCACCGAGGACGACGGCGACGCUGAGGGGGAGCAGGAGGAAAGCUACACCCCCCGCUUCAACCAGAAUCUCAACGGGAACAAGGCCUUGAAGCCUCCGCGCCCCAGCAGCCUGAAGCUGCCCGGCGACUCGGAUGGAGAGACGGACUCGCACGCCAGCUCACCCAACUCCACCGUCUCCAACAACAGCACCGACGGCUUCGGGGGACUCAUGUCCUUUGCCAGCAAUCUGUACAAGAACCAUGGCACCAGUUUCAGUCUCUCCAACCUGGCUUUGCCCAACAAGGCAGCCCGGGAUAAGACCACUCCCUUCCCCAGUCUGAAAGAAUAUUUUAAGUUUGACGUAGAACAAGAUGUGGAACCAGUAUUUGGGCUAAAUUCUCUAAUGGAGAUAAUAACUGAAGCCAGCCCAGCGAGCGGUGAAGGAAACCGCCCACCCAGGGCCCUGGUGGACCAGAAGUCUUCGGUCAUUAAGCACAGCCCCACGGUCAAGAAGGAGUCUCCUUCCCCACAAGGCCGGGCCAACAACACCAGUGAGAAUCAGCAGUUCCUGAAGGAAGUGGUGCAGAGCGUGUUGGAGGGACAGGGCGUUGGCUGGCUCAACAUGAAGAAAGUGCGCCGCCUGCUGGAGAACGAGCAGCUGCGCGUCUUUGUGUUGAGCAAACUCAAUAGGGCCAUACAGUCUGAGGAGGACGCCAGGCAGGAGGUCAUCCAUGACGUGGAAAUUAGCCGGAAGGUGUACAAGGGAAUGCUGGACCUGCUGAAGUGCACGGUUUCCAGCCUGGAGCACUCCUACACCAAUGCAGGCUUGGGCGGCAUGGCCAGUGUCUUCAGCCUGCUGGAGAUAGCACGCACACAUUACCAAACCAAAGACCCCGAGAAACGUAAGCGAAGCCCCACAGACGGCGGGGGCAGCGGCAGCCCAGGCAGUAAGGACAGCCUGACCCCGCGGGGGGAGAGCGCCCGGCCCCUGGGCCCUCUGCUGGUGCCUCGGCUCCAGCUCCAGCCCCCCACGUCCUCCACCGGCAAGGGGGCCCGCCAGUUUGACACCCGAAGUCUGAAUGAAGAGAAUUUUAUUGCCUCUAUUGAUUUGUGGAGCAAGCACCAGGAUAACAGAAAGCAAAAAGCUAUGGAAAAACAACAGAGGUUGGAGGGAGCCAAGCAGGCAGUUGACCUCGGGGACACUGAUGAGAAGAAGUCCCAGAUCAGUGCUGACAGUGGACUGAGCGUCACCUCUGGCUCUCAGAAGAGCGACUCAGAGUCUGUGGCCAGCUCGGAACCCCCAGCCCUCACCAGAAGCACCAGCCAAGAUUCGGAGGCCAGCACAGUGGUGAGUAACAGCUCGGGAGAGACGCUGGGGGCCGACAGCGACCUGAGCAGCAACGCAGGGGACGGGCCGGCUGGCAGGCUAGCCCCCCACCUCACCAUCUCCAGGGGAACCCUCUCCGACAGCGAGAUCGAGACCAACCCAGCCACCAGCUCUGUGUUUGGCAAGACUCACAAGCUGAAAGCAGGCGUGAAGCAGCCCCGUGGAAGCUUGGGCAGGGGGGCCCCAGUGAUGCCCCUGGAGGACGUCAGCAUGAGGAUCUACCUCUGCGAAGGCCUGCUGGGGCGGGACAAGAGCUCCGUGUGGGAUCAGCUGGAGGAUGCCGCCAUGGAGACCUUUUCUCUGAGUAAGGAGCGCUCCACUCUCUGGGACCAGGUCCAGUUUUGGGAGGAUGCCUACCUGGACGCUGUCAUGCUUGAGCGGGAGGGGAUGGGCAUGGACCAGGGGCCGCAGGAAAUGAUUGACAGAUACCUGUCGCUUGGAGACCACGACCGGAAACGCCUGGAAGACGAUGAGGACAGACUGCUAGCGACUCUGCUACACAACAUGAUCGCUUACAUGCUGAUGAUGAAGGUGAAUAAGAAUGACGUCAGGAAGAAAGUCAGGAGGCUGAUGGGGAAGUCUCACAUCGGCCUGACCUACAGCCAGGAGAUCAAUGAUGUUCUGGAGCGGCUGCCCACCCUGACUGGGCGGGAGCUCUCAAUCCGGCCCAGUGGGAGCCGUCACAUCAAGAAGCAGACUUUUGUGGUGCAUGCUGGAACGGACACCACAGGAGAUAUCUUCUUCAUGGAGGUGUGCGACGACUGCAUCGUCCUGCGAAGCAACAUCGGCACGGUGUACGAGCGCUGGUGGUACGAGAAGCUCAUCAACAUGACCUACUGCCCCAAGACCAAAGUCCUGUGCCUGUGGAGACGUAACGGCCAGGAGACACAACUCAACAAGUUCUACACCAAGAAGUGUCGGGAGCUGUACUACUGUGUGAAGGACAGCAUGGAGCGUGCAGCCGCCAGGCAGCAGAGCAUCAAACCAGGGCCAGAGCUGGGCGGGGAGUUCCCUGUGCAGGACAUGAAGACAGGAGAGGGAGGGCUGCUGCAGGUCACCCUGGAGGGCAUCAACCUCAAGUUCAUGCACAGCCAGGAGCGGAAGGUUUUCAUAGAGCUGAAUCACAUUAAAAAGUGCAAUACUGUCAAAGGAGUCUUUGUCCUGGAGGAAUUUGCAGUUCCUGAAACUAAAGAAGUGGUGAUCCACAAGUACAAGACUCCAAUGGCUCACCAGAUCUGCUACUCUGUGCUGUGUCUCUUCUCCUACAUGGCCGCCGUGAGGGGGAAGGAGGCGGAGACCAAGCCCAAGGCCUUGUCCCCCCGGCCCCUCACCAGCUAGUCCAUGCCCCCGAAAACUUCUUCCCUUGGUUACUCACCAGCUAGUCCAUGCUCCAAAACCUUCUUCCCUUGGUUCCUGACCUGCUAAACUAUGCCCCAAAACCUUUUUCCCUUGGUUCCUCACCUGCUAGUCUGUGCCUGAAAACCUUCUCUCCCCAGCUCCUCACCUGCUAGUCUAUGCCCCAAAACCUUCUCUGCUUGGUUCCUCACCUGCUAGACUAUGCCCCUAAACCUUCUUCCCUUGGUUCCUCACCUGCUAGACUGUGCCCCAAAGCCUUCUCUCCCCAGCCCCUCACCAGCUAGUCUAUGCCCCAAAACCUUCUCCGCUUGGUUCCUCACCUGCUAGCCUAUGCCCCAAAACCUUCUUCCCUUGGUUCCUCACCUGCUAGACUAUGCCCCAAAACUUCAUCACCCCCAGCCCCUUACUAGCUAGUCCAUACCGCAACGCUAUCUCCCCCCCCCCCC